UUCAGAAAGCAUUAAUUCCAUGGACCUCGUACGUCGUGCGAGAGCUUGGUCGUCAGCUUCAACUGAUACCAACUUUUCGUUUGGCUCAGUCGCUAGCACUACACCACUGACUGAGCAAGCGUCCAGUCGCACAUACUAUGAGCCCCCCAAAAAGAAGAAAGACACCAGUUUGGAAUUACUAUGGAAACGCUGGAUGAUAAUAUGGGUGGCAGCUAUUAAAAGUUUCACUCGACGAAAGGAGCAAGCUACUUAUACAACUCGCACUUUCCCUAUCGUCAGAUAUCGCAACUCUCCACUGAAAAAUGCUCAAACUGGCAAGCCUUUUAUUACCAACACUAUUCGAACAGCUCGAUAUACUUUCUGGGACUUUCUUCCACGUCAAUUGGUUGCUCAGUUCUCGAAGCUUGCAAACUUUUAUUUCUUAUUCGUAGCUGCCAUUCAGCUCGUCCCCUCAUGGUCUCCCACUGGCCGUUAUACGACAUUGCUUCCUCUCGCCAUUUUCACGUCCAUAGCAAUGGCUCAUGAAGGUUACGAUGAUUGGAGAAGAAGUGUUGCAGACAAACAAGAAAACGCAAAGACUGCAAAAGUUCUUCGAGUAUACCAUUCUCAUGCUGAAGCAGAAACAAUAGAAUCGUCGAAACGGGCGAAACCGUGGUUAAACCGGAUAUGGAAUCGCCCGAUCCGAUCAGAAAAUCUCGAUUAUGCAAUGAACGACAAUUCGAAAAGUAGCCAUGUAUGUGUUUGGCAGUCUGUUAAAUGGAGCGAGCUGCAAGUAGGCGAUUACGUUAUGGUCGAAAAAAAUCAAUGGAUACCAGCAGAUUUAAUUUUACUGCAUUCACCUGAAGAACAAGGCAUGUGUUACCUUGAAACGGCUGCUUUGGACGGAGAGACGAAUCACAAAUCGCGGCAAGCAAAUACAUAUACCAAUUCUUUGCUGUGUACACCUGAAGAUCUAGCCGCUUUUGAAGGAACUGUUGUCACCGAGAUGCCAGAUCCAAACCUUUAUCAAUUUGACGGUUAUCUCCAGCUUCCAAUGCGUCAGACGCAAAUCAAAACCAGCUACCCUUUGACUAUCAACAAUGUCUUGCUGCGAGGUACACUACUGAGGAAUACUGCUUAUGUAUACGGUCUCGUGGCAUUUACUGGAGAGGAGACCAAGAUAAGACUUAACAGCACCAUGAGUCACACAAAAUCUCCACGAAUUCAACGUGCUGUCAACAGGGCUGUAAUUGCCAUGUUCGUCUUCUUGGUUGCACUUUCGGCUAUGUUCAGCGCACUUUCUAUUACAUGGAAUAAGCGAAAUCUUGCUGGAGCGUGGUACUUACAUCAAAGUCACCAAGACGAAACCGGCACUGUGUUUCAAUUCAUCAUUCUUUUCAACACUUUGAUCCCGAUUUCGCUCUAUGUUACUAUGGAAAUUGUCAAACUAUUACAAGCAUUAUACAUCAGCUGGGACAGAGACAUGUAUCAUGUGGAAACAGAUACUCCGGCACAAGCGCAAACUUGCACUAUUAACGAAGAUCUCGGGCAAAUUUCCUUUGUAUUUUCUGACAAAACAGGAACACUCACAGACAACGUUAUGGAAUUUCGAAAGUGCAGUGUUGGUGGAUUCUCUUAUACACACGAUCCUGCCGAGAUUCAGUCCUCUCUUGAACAGCCUCAACCGCAACCUACCCGCAAGAGAAACGGCCAUGAACGUGAACAAAGCAAAACAGAUCUGGAGAACAAUCGCCUAUCUCGUAUCAUUAGGCAUGAUGGAGAACUCUCUACCUUGUCACUAGCUCGAAGAGUUCACGGCUUGAAGCCACGACAAUCACUCAACACCCACACAUUGCGAGACCGAUUCUUCAUGAUUGCAUUGGCUGUAUGCCACACUGCUGUACCUGAAAUGAACGAUGAAAACUCUAUUACAUAUCAGGCUGCAUCUCCUGAUGAAGCUGCUCUUGUUUCUGCUGCUCGUGAACUAGGAUUCACAGUUGUUGAACGCACCCUUCGAUCCAUUACUCUCAAGAUAAAUGGUGAAGAUGAUCCCAUGAUAGUCGAAAUCCUCAACAUUAUUGAAUUCACUAGCGACCGCAAGAGAAUGUCUGUCGUUAUCAAGCUACCAACUGACGAAAUUGUAUUGAUUUGCAAAGGUGCAGACUCUGUGAUAUUGGAGAGAAUGGAUAUUCCAGCUGAAACUCCUGCGCGAUCUGAAGAUGCAUGGGCAAUCGAGUCUGUACCUCAAUCACCAAUAUCUCCUCACCAAAAUGAGGGCCUUGAUGGUUUGAGAGAUACCCGCUGGGAAUUUACUCGUACAAUGGAACAUUUAGAAGACUUCGCUACAGACGGGUUACGCACACUCCUUUACGCUUACCGUAUUUUAUCACCUGCUCAGUACAAUGAAUGGAACGAACUUUAUCAAGAAGCCUGUCUCGCAGUCUCCGAAAGACAGAAAAAGAUUUCUAAAACCGCCGAACUCAUUGAAUGCAAAUUACGCUUGAUUGGCGCUUCAGCAAUCGAAGACAAACUCCAAGAAGGAGUUCCUGAAGCUAUUGAAUGUCUACGAGCGGCCGGCAUGAAGAUUUGGAUGUUGACAGGUGACAAAAGGGAAACUGCUAUCAACAUUGGAUACUCUUGUCGGUUAAUUCACAGCAAUUCAAACCUCAUUGUAUUGGGUGACCAAAAGGAUCUGCGUAGCUACAUGGAGCAAGCCAUUCUCGACCUUCAAAAUAAUGUGGCUUCCCAUGCAGCUUUUGUAGUGGACGGUGCUACCUUGGAGGUUCUUUCACAAGAAGAUGAUCUAUUAGAACUAUUUUGUCACCUUGGAUGUCUCUCAAGUACGGUCAUUUGCUGCCGUGUAUCACCGAGUCAAAAGGCUCUUGUCGUCAAAUCCAUUCGACGAUCUGCUCCUCGUGCUGUAACUCUUGCCAUUGGAGAUGGUGCCAAUGACAUCGCUAUGAUUCAAGAAGCCCAUGUUGGCAUCGGUAUCACUGGAAAGGAGGGUAUGCAAGCAUCUAGAGCAUCAGACUAUUGCUUUGCUCAAUUCCGAUUUUUGUGCAAGCUACUUUUGGUGCACGGCCAUUGGUCUUAUGUUCGUGUCUCACGUUUUGUACUCGGUACUUUUGCAAAGGUGGUCACCUUUUACUUGACCCAAGGCGUAUAUCAAUUUUGGACUGGCUUCUCAGGAACGUCACUUUACGAGUCUUGGACAUUAAGCAUGUACAACACUUUGUUCUCUAGCUUGCCCGUAAUUUCAGUGGGCAUAUUCGAACAAGAUUUGAGUGCGAAGACACUUCUUGCCAACCCGCAUUUGUACAUUCAAGGACAGUUAAAUCAAGCAUUUGACUUGCGUAUCUUCAUCACUUGGGUUACCACUUCAGUUUAUCAAGCCAUUGUUGUUGUCGUCGUUCCUAUAGCCCUGAUAUCUGGAAUGCAUUACAAGACUGAUGGCGGGUUUCUCUUGGAAGGCGCUCCGCAGAUCUAUACAUUAGGCUGCAUAAUCUACACGAUCAUCGUCAUCGUCGUAACCUUGGUCAUCUCCUAUGUCGAGAACCACAAUCAAACAUGGAUAUCUCACCUGUUUGCCUGGAUAGAGCUAAUUGGAUUUUUCAUUUACCAAAUUAUCUAUGGCUAUGCGUAUCCGGUUGGAAACAGUCGACAAUACGACGUGCAUGGUGACUUUAUUCGCAUCGCGGGGGAACCAACUUUCUGGUUACUUGUCAUACUUGUGACGACCGUGGCCAUUUUGCCCAGCAUAGCUCUCAAGGUUUUGAAAAACACUAUGCUCCCCAACGUGACAGCUGCUUUUCAGCAAGCUGAAAAGGACCCGGAGGUUUCGGCUCAAUGGGACGAAAUAGCGUCAAAGUGGGAGUACGAAGAGCCUGACAAUGUCACAUCACAAGUUGUAGAAUCGCAGCCAUAAGAUUCAUUUGCUGGCUGUUCAUCACUGUAAUAUAUACCAAUGGAUAACUAGCGCGCAAUGAACAAUCGUGUACAAUAGAUACCAAUGUAGAACUGUUUCCCCCAUUAAGACCUGUAUCAAAUGACUCAACAUUUUUACCAUACUAUUGU